AUGGGGCAGCAGCACUCCAAGCCGCCCAGCAGGACCAGCAGCAGUCCCAGGCGCCUCAGCUUCUGGGGCAGCGGAGCCCUGACCGAGACAGCACCCAGCCGCGUGUUCACCCGCGUCGGCGGACCGCCGCAGCCACCCGUGUUUGGAGGGGCCGUGCAGGCCAUCAAGCUCAUGAUCGCAAACGUCGCCGCCCCUCCGGCGGCCGAGCGCCCGGCGUCGCCCGGCAAGCUUUCGACAUCCGCGGCACCGCAGAAGCCGGCACCAGCCACAGACGGUGCCGGCGACGCGCUGCCCGAUGAGGGCGCCGCUCUGUGCGCCAAUGCACAGCUGAUGAAGCAGCUCAGCUUGCGGCGGGCCCUGUUGCCACCAGGCGCACAGUGUGCCCCGGAGAGCGCGAGUGCGCAGUCUAACCCCCCCUCGAGCGCGCCGCACUCACUGCCUCGCGCCUGCAAGGAGGAGCGCGCCUCUACUUCUUCUGACGACAGCCACGGCGGCGCGCCGCCGGCCCCUCACGACUCGCAGUACGCCGGCCGCGCCGCCAGCAACGGCUGCGCUGCAGCCGCGCGGACGGCAUGUGUGCGGGGCGGGGGUUCGGCGGCAUCUGAUAGUCCCGAGCAUCUGCUCGCCAGCCUGGCGGUCGCGGCCAUUACUGAUCCUGAGGUGCCGGAUGAGGAGGGCAACGCAUUGGCGGCGGAGCUGGCAUCCAUGGUGGCCAGGGGCGGCGGCGGCAGCGGCGGCGUUGGGCUGCCCGGGCAUCAGCCACAGCCUCUGCCGCAGCCGCAGCAGCAGCCAGAGCUGCAGCAGCCGCCGCCUCAGCAGCAGCAGCAGGAGCGGCAGCAGCAGCAGCAGCAGCAGCCGCAGCAGCAGCUGCCCCCAGUGCAACCGCUGCCGCCAGCGCCGCCGCCACUGGAAACGCCCCAGGAGCGGUCCCUGUACCCAGCCCUGGCGGCGGCCGGCGAGGCGCAGGCGCUGCAGCGCGCGCCCACCAGCGCCGCCAGCGCCCUCAAGAUGCGGGACGGCAACGCAGCAGCCCGCGGUGAGUGGGCGGCGGGGACGCCAAACACUGCAGCAGCACCGUCCGGCGCUGGGCCCCGUCUGCCGGCCUGCCCCUCUGCCGCACCGCAGCAGCCGCCGCCGGGGCCCCCGCGCCCGCCCCUGCGCGUGCCUCCCGGCGGCCUCACGCCCCCGCCGCGCCCCGCGCCCGCGGCGGCCGCGCCCGGCGACGCCGUGCUGAUGAGCGCCGGAUCCCUGGCGCGCGCGCUGCAGGCCCCGGCGGCGCCGGCGGUGGUGGAGGCGCUGGCGAGCUCUGAGGCCGACCGGCUGGCGAGGCUGCUGCAGCUCGUGGACGACGCAGCUGCCGCGCUGCCUAUAAGUGACCCUGCCGCCGAGGACGCCGCGGCCGCGGUUGCCGCGCUUGCAGAGGCGGGAGUGGGGACGGAGGGGUUGGCAGGGGUGCUGCUGCCAUUCGCGUCCAUCUGA